CUCACUGUCCAAAUUUCUCCCAGCCGUCGCAUCCUGGCUUGUAGCUCCUCCGCGACCGUUAGCUAACUACUAGGGGAUUCGCAAGUCAUUUUUCUAAGGAAGUUACCUUUUUAUACAGCAACAACAUGUCAUUUUGUCCUUUCGUUCUUUCAGGAAAAUGAUUUUGCGGCUUCCCCGUGCCGUCACACCCCCCGAAAGGCGAGAAUCCCUUCGUAAAGUCAGCUUUUUCGCCUCGACCUCGGUAGCAGCGCGGGCGUAGCGAACCAGCUCCGACGCCCGAGGCUCCGCUGCCCGGCUCCGCCGCCGCCGCCGCCGGCUUGGACAAAGCCUCUCAGAUGUUGGACGACAAAAAUAGCAUCGGAACGCCAGCGUUUUCCCACCGGGUUGGAGAACCGACGUGUCAAGGUGACCAUCUGGCGCGAGGGAGCCAGGAAUAAAGGGGAGCGCGGGGUGUAUUUUCGGGAGGCGAGAGUUGGGAUCUCGCACCGGAGCAGGGGGUGCGGAGGAGGGAGACCCGCAGAAAGGAAGGGACGCGGGGGGAGAACAGCCCGAUGCCAGUGAUGGCAAACGAGCCGAUCAUCCUAAACGUCUAUGAUAUGUACUGGAUCAAUGAGUUCACCAGCUCUCUGGGCAUCGGAGUGUUUCACUCAGGGAUUGAGAUCUACGGAAGAGAGUUUGCCUAUGGCGGACACCCGUACCCAUUCUCAGGGAUCUUUGAAAUUACACCAGGUGAUGCAACUGAACUCGGCGAGACCUUCAAGUUCAAAGAAGCCAUAGUCCUGGGCAGCACCGACUUCACAGAGGAGGAUGUGGAGCGGAUCGUUGAGGAGAUGGGGAAGGAGUACAAAGGCAACGCCUACCACCUCAUGCACAAGAACUGCAAUCACUUCUCCUCAGCCCUGUCCGAGAUCCUGUGCGGCAGGGAGAUCCCCCGCUGGGUCAACCGUCUGGCCUACUUCAGCUCCUGCGUGCCGUUCCUCCAGAGCUGCCUGCCCAAAGAGUGGCUGACGCCCGCUGCCUUACAGUCCAGCGUCAGCCAGGAGCUGCACGCAGGCGGGGAGCUGGAGGAGGCGGAGGACGCCGCUGCCACAGCCUCCCUGGCCUCCUUGUCGCCCUGCUCGCCCUCGUCCUCCACCAGCCCCUCUGUGCCUCGUCACUCUCGCCACCAGCCUCGCCAAUAGACGCACACGGGUCUUCUGGGAAACUGUUGUGUCCUGUGAGAUUGUCCUCACGUAAGGCACCGAACCCGUGCCUGCGCUGGGCCGGCUCGUCCCAGCCACGAUCCACAGCAGUGGAAGGGGUUUUGCUCCCACGGGAGGAAGGAACAGCUCUGAGAUCGCGGAUGAUGGAUUACGUCAUCCAAUCGAAAUUCCGACCAUUUCCUCUCUUUCAUUAUUUUACCAGCCAACCUUUACAUAGACUUGAUUGUUGGCCACACUUUUUCAAAUUUACCAGCCACCGUUAUUUGACGGACGGUGCUAAUCUGCACAUUGCUGUAGUGGAAGAAUGCUGAAAUACAAGGAUGGGGUUUAAUCUGUCGGUGCCCACGAGGCGUGACCUUACCUCCACGUCUGGCUUUGUGGCCAAUACUGACUGACUCUUCUGUUUCUUCUCAGGGUUUGCCUGAGAAAAUGAAUUCAAGUUAAAGCUGCUGGUGGAAAAGGUCAUGCAUGGACUCUGCCUUCAAAAUCUUUUAUUUAGUGGUGGCUUUAAAAACAGCUGCAGUCUGGAAGCUGAACGGCACCGACACGCUGAUCGUUGUUGUUCUGUGAAGCAGCCAAGUGCUGGCCGUUAUUUGACUGUGGUUGGUAAAAACAGGCGGCUGUAGAUAAAAUGCCUCACAUGUCUGGCUGGUAACAUUUUGAAAGCAGAAGGGGGUUUUGGACUGUAAACACAUUGCCUCAGAAUGCUGUGUGUGAAUCAGGACCUCAGCUUGUUGUUUUUCUAUCACAGCAAGCUGUACAGACUCAAACCAGGACUACAAUCAGCCUAAUUUGUCUCAAUGGGUGAGAAUUGCUGACACACAUCAGAUGGGUUCAGUUCCUGGUCUUUGCUUCCCAAGUCCCUUUCUUUGUUCCUUUUUGUCAGGUAUCUGUAGCAGCUCCUUUAAUCUGACUGUUUAAAAAAUGUAUCAGCCUUGAAUCGGUUAUUUCUUUAAAAUAGUUGAUUUCUAAAUAUUUUAAAAAUGGGAUGAGGGUAAAAUAGAGUCUCCAUUCUUAGUAGCAGAUACCAUGGUGCCUUGGAGCAGUUCUAAAUAAUCCAAGUGUCCAGUGGCCACCCGUGCAAAACACUGGUUAUACUGGUUUGCUCCCAGUUGCCAGUGUGUUUCAAAUGAAUUUCAUUUUAUCUAAAGAAGAAGCAAAGGAAGGGGAGGCUUUUUAAAUGGGAACUCUGACCUGUGACCAGUCACAACCCCUACAUCUGCCCAGUUAGGGAUGAUUUAAAGCCUCAUCAAAGCAAGUUUUAUUUUCAGAGAUUAUAUUUUAUGGUGGAAUAACUGGUGCAUUGAGACGAAGGUCUGGAUGUCUAAAACUCUACACUCGCUGCUUUUCUUAAAUAAACAGCCCCUUGUGAACGCCACAGUUAGCACCAACAUAUCUGCUGCUUACCGUGUAAACAGAAGCCAUGGAUGUGUCCAAACUCUGCUGACAGAAGACGAAGAGCUGCUCCACAGCAGGACUUUUUUAUCCUUUCAUGUUUUUCUAUGGUUUAUGGACUCUGGCCUUUGUGUUUGUUUGGUAAGCUCAGGACUCCAGAAGGCCUUGUAAUAUAACUCUGUCAACUUUUUUAUCCCACACCUUCUGUUUGCGUUUUCUAAUGCUGUGGUCACUCCGUAGAGCUUUUCAACAGUGCACAUGUGGUUGUGCAGUUUUCUACUCUCCUCUUUGAUAAGGCUUUUUGUUUACAGUCGGGAUGUUUAUACGUGAGCCUGUGUUACUCUCUCAGUUCCUGUCUGUGCAUGAAUGCGUGCGUGUGUGCACACUUAUAUAUGGUAUUAUAUAAAAAUAACGUCAACAAGCUGCCAACUGGGCCACAUCUGAAUUUGUCACACAUUGAUCCUUAAAUGACAACAAAUGCUACAGCAUCUUCAAGAAAUCAGAUUUAGCCCAAGUAAAAUUGUUUUUUUUCUCCAGCUAAUUUGUGUAUUUUUAAUGCAAUGCAGAAAAGACUCCUCAAGUAAGCAGCAUGUUAUCUGACAUGGACUAACUUGAGGCUUUCAUGUUGGACAGGGCUGUUUCUCGUGGGCGCCUCCUGCUGGCCGAUGUCUGUGCUGUCAUUUCUCAUCAUUGAGGUUUCCCUUGACUGCAUAGUCUUCUGCAUUAACACGACACCGUCUGUAGACCUUCGUUUCUAAAUGCUGGAGAAAAAUCUUUUACUGGACACGAAGUAUGACAGAUCACCGUUACCAAGGCCAAAGACUUGAACCAAACCAAACCUGUGUUUUGUUCACAUCACAUUUUAGUAAAUGUCCUGUUUUCUACUGGGAUCCUCACUCUGUGUAAAUGUAGAGUAAUGAUUAGGGGCACCACAUGUAAGCUAUGAAUGUAGAUUGGGAAACCUCGACCCCUGACCUCAGGUGCUUCGCGCCCAGAGACUUUAGAUGAGUCGACCUAAAGACGUACAACCUGUGACGUCUUCUCUGUAUCAUGACAUGAUACAUUUGAAUGGUUAUGCUACUGUAUAAUUAGUCUCAUCUGACCCUAAUGUUGAUUUAUGAAUUUCUUUUUCCCGUUGGCCUACAGCUGCACAGGUGAACACCAGAUGUCAACCAAAUAAAACCUAAACCAUC